UAAGGUUAAAAGAGAACGAAAGGAUUCAACGCCUAAAACCUCUUUCAUUAUCUAUCGCUUCCUCUCACAGUGCGUUACGGCGGCGGCGGCGCAUCGACGAUUUCUGAGAAAGGAAGUCGUAUUCUGAUACUGUUCGUCACCGGUUGUAUUCAGAGUGUUGAAGACUUAUAGCCAUGGCCAGUAAAGGUGCCAACAACCCUGCUGCCAAGGGGAAGAAGAAGAAGGAAGUGAAAAAGGAGACCGGUCUGGGUCUCUCCUAUAAGAAGGAUGAGAACUUCGGAGAAUGGUACUCUGAGGUUGUUGUUAAUGGGGAAAUGAUUGAAUACUAUGACAUAUCUGGCUGUUACAUUCUGCGACCAUGGGCAAUGUCAAUUUGGGAGGUCAUGCAAACCUUCUUUGAUGCUGAAAUCAAGAAAAUGAAAAUAAAAAACUGCUACUUCCCACUGUUUGUAUCCUCUAGCGUCCUACAAAAGGAGAAGGAUCAUAUUGAGGGGUUUGCACCUGAGGUUGCAUGGGUUACAAAAUCGGGAGACUCAGAGCUGGAGAUGCCCAUUGCGAUCCGUCCAACUAGUGAGACAGUUAUGUAUCCAUACUUUUCCAAGUGGAUUAGGGGGCACCGCGACUUGCCUUUGAGACUUAACCAGUGGUGUAAUGUCGUUAGAUGGGAAUUCAGCAAUCCCACUCCAUUCAUCAGGAGUCGUGAGUUUCUUUGGCAGGAAGGACAUACUGCCUUUGCAACCAAGGAGGAGGCAGAUACUGAGGUGCUAGAUGUUUUGGAACUCUAUAGACGCAUAUAUGAAGAAUUCUUGGCUGUUCCGGUUAUUAAGGGCAAAAAGAGUGAGCACGAGAAAUUUGCUGGUGGACUUUAUACAACUACCGUCGAGGCUUUUGUCCCAAACACUGGUCGCGGUGUCCAAGGUGCAACUUCGCACUGUCUGGGUCAAAACUUCGCAAAAAUGUUUGAAAUUAAUUUCGAGAAUGAGAAAGGAGAAAAGUCUAUGGUCUGGCAGAAUUCCUGGGCAUAUACCACCAGAACGAUAGGAGUGAUGAUAAUGGUUCACGGUGAUGACAAGGGUUUAGUGCUGCCUCCUAAAGUAGCAUCACUCCAAGUAGUCGUAAUCCCAGUUCCCUAUAAAGAUGCAAACACUCAGGGGAUUUUCGAUGCAUGUGCCGACGUUAUAAAAUCAUUGGAAGAGGCAGGAAUUCGUGCCGAGGCUGAUUAUAGAGAUAAUUAUUCACCUGGAUGGAAGUAUUCCCAUUGGGAGAUGAAAGGUGUUCCUCUUAGGAUCGAAAUAGGACCCAAAGACUUAGCAAAUAAUCAGGUUCGUGUGGUGCGACGUGACAAUUCAGCUAAAAGUGAUAUUCCGAUGGCUGAUUUGGUUAAAGGAGUAACGGACAUGCUCGAUAGUAUCCAGAAAAGUCUCUUUGAUGCUGCCACUCAAAAACGAGAUGCAUGCAUCCAUACUGUGCAUACAUGGGAAGAGUUUGCAGAGGCACUUGGUCAAAAGAAGAUGAUUCUCGCCCCUUGGUGUGACGAGGAGGAAGUGGAGAAGGAUGUGAAAACCCGAACCAAGGGAGAAAUGGGUGCAGCUAAGUCACUGUGUACUCCGUUCGAUCAGCCUGCACUCCCAGAAGGUACAUUGUGCUUCGCCUCGGGAAAGCCUGCUAAAAAGUGGACCUACUGGGGAAGGAGUUACUAGUCAUAUUUGUUUUCUAAUUUAUACUUUCAAAUCUUACCAUUGUGUUUUGGGUUUAUUGAUUUUUGGACACCUUGGUAUAUUGCAUGUUUUUGCUGUUAUAGAUUUUGUCUGAAACUUAAUCUUCGUUCACUCCUUGGAUUGAUUUCUUAUAUAGAGAUUGAUUUUUCAUA